AUGGCCAUGUCAUGUCGAUACGCCGCCCGCAGUUGCGCCCGCCAGCUGCGCGCCGCCCCUUCAGCCCAGACGAUGCGCGUAGCUGUGUCGAGCAGACGGUGGAACUCGACAGAGGCGGCUGCGACCAACCCCAAGAUCAACACCAUUGUCGACCAAAUCAGCCAAUUGACUCUUCUGGAGACUGCCGAUCUCGUGUCGACACUAAAGACCAAGCUCAACAUUCCUGAUCUGCCCGUAGGCGGCUUCGCCGCUGCGCCCGCCGCCGCCCCCGUCGAGGAAGCCGAGGAAGCCGCGCCCGCCGCCCAGGAGAAGCACCUCUUCACCGUGAAGCUGCAAGGAUUCGAGACCGCGUCCAAGGCCAAGGUGAUCAAGGAAGUGAAGAGCCUGCUGGGCCUCAGCUUGGUCGACAGCAAGAAGUUUGUCGAGAGCGCGCCCAAGUUGAUGAAGGAGAAUGUGACAAAGGAGGACGCGGAGAAGAUGAUUGCCACCAUGAAGGAGCUCGGCGCGACGGUUGUCAUGGAGUAA